UUAACGAAUGAAUGAAACCGUAGUCUCUUUUCUUUUCGAGAGAAGAGAAGAGAAGCAAUAAAUUGAAAUAAUUCAAAAAAGCCAAGCAAAGAUAUUGGGAGGAUCCGAUCCGAUCCGAUUCACGAGUUGGGGGCGAGCGCUGUUGCCUGUGUGAAUGCAUGAACUUGCAAAAUAGUAGUAGUACUGGCAAUGCUUUCCAAGUUGGGGAAUUUGGUGGGUUUCCCGAUUUGGGCAAUGGGAUUGGGAUUUCGAUCUUUUGGUGCUGGAAUCCAUAAAUUAGGGCGUGGCGUGGAUGGGGUCGUAAAUGCGGGGAAAAAACAGCGGGGAGAGAGAGUCGGUCCAAGGAUGGGAUGGGAAACAAGAGUGGGGAGGAGAGGAUUUUGGCGACAAAUUAGAGAAGAGGAGAGAGGGGCGGGCAGCACUUUUGAGUAGGACGACGAUGCCUUAGAUUUGCCAUUGAAUUUUGAAAAUUCAGGAGGAGAAGAAAUAGAUUAGAAAAACAAACCCCAGCAACAACAAAACACAAAAUUUUAUAGUGAUCCGAUCUGUCUGUCUGUCUCCGACAGCUCUCGCAAUUGGGGCUGUGAUUCAUCAUCGCCAUCAUCAUCAUCAUCAUCAUCAUCAGAUACACUCUAAUCAGCCAGCUGAUUUCCCCUUAUUCAUUCAUUUCAUUUCAUUUCAUUCCAUCUCAUUCCGUCUCGCUUUGUUUCAUUCCCUCCCCCUUAGAUGCUCUUUCCUUGUUUGCUGUGUGAAUUGAUUAAUUCUGGAAAUCUUUGCUGGAUUGAGCGGGCAUUAAUGUGGGGAUGCCGUGCAAUCUGGACGGUGGGGGGAUCUGCUGGAAUUAAUUAAAUCUGAUGUGAAUUUUUUUCCAUUGCGGCAUUUGGUCCAACACUUGGGAUUUGGUUUUCUUGAUUUGGGAUAUAUGUCGAUAAUAUGGUUGUGUGGAUAUGGAGAACGAUUAUUAUUACUUACCAAUUAAUUGCCAUUGCCCCUUUAGGUUUGCCUUUAAAUUCCGUCUGUUGUUUUUGAUGGCUCAUUGUGAGAAAUGGGUCAAGAAGAGCAUAUUCUAGGGUGCAAUUAUAGCGGCAGUGGGGAUGGUGGUGUUGGUAGCAGCAGCAGCAGCAGCAGUCGAAUCUCGAAAAAGGUUAAGCAAAAGAAAGCGCCUCAAAGAGGCUUAGGUGUCGCUCAGCUUGAGAAGAUCCGAUUGGAGGAACAACAGAAGAUGGACUCGUUUGAUGUUUUGGGAGCAAAAUCUUCUCAAUUCCUUCCUGUUAAUUGUUCUUCUAACUUUAAGCCACUUUGUAGUUCACUGCCCUCAGUGUCGAAUCUGAAUGCUUUAUAUGGGCAAGCCCCAUCUGUCCCUAGUGUAGUUAGGAACGAGAGCCCCCUAAUUUCCAAUCAGCUGAGUGGCAAUGGAAGUUUCGGUCACGGGCUAUGGCCUAAGUUGACCAACGGCAAUCUUAUUUUGGGGGAGAACCGAGGCCUCGAUCAUCGUGGUUUUGCAUCUGAGGCACCGGUGAUGACUACCUCUUCGCACGAACUAAGUGGGCCUUCAGUUUUGGCUUCUCCAAUUGUUAAGCAAUCAUCACACCAGUUCCAGCAACCUUUGAUGGUUAAUACAUCCCCAGGGAUGUCGCGAUUCAGAUCGCAGAUGGAGCCCCCUUCAUACCAAAAUUCUUGUUCUUGGUCAGAGGAAGAUAAGAUAGCAGGCACAAAGAGAUCUUAUCCGUUCGCUCGUGAAAGUGAGCACAAUGGAUGUCCUACCUAUGCUGUGUCUCAAUCAGAUGAAUUAGUUUUGAGUAGCAAUGGACACCGAGCUCAUGUGGAACCAAGGAACAAGUGCGUCAGAGAAGAGCCCUUGAGCCCAACUACCUUGCCUAAAGGGAAUCGAAGUGGAGGAGUGACUGAAGAUAAUGCGAGGCUAAGCGGUGAUUUUCUAACAUUAGCUCCUCCAGCUCUGGACCCAAAGCGCAAGCCUCCUUUGGAUGACUCGAGCAACAAAUUAUCCAAAUUUGAAUCCUUGUUCAGUCAGAGUCAGGAACCAUUGGUCAAAAGCCAAGUCUGUCAUCAACAAGUAGGACCCGAGCAAUCUGUUCGCUGCUUCUUCCCGACUAAGCAUCAAAUCUGUCAAAUGGGCUCGGCCAAUGACGACAGCGAAAAGGUGGAAACACUUGAUCUCAAUUUAAAGCUAUAGAAGGAGGAGGAGGAGGAGGAGGAGGAGGAGGAGGAGGAGGAGGCUGUUCCCGGAUCAUCAUUAGUCAAUUUGCUCUUUUUUACAUUGAACAUUAAUUAUAAUCCGUCGUACUAUCUAUCGUAUCUGUUAUGUGCCAGUGCUACACCUUUCUUUCUGUUUCUGAUGAUCAUUGUUGGAGGACUCGGUAUCUAUCAUCCUUUUGAGUUGUUGUUUCA